CCCAAAGGAGGCUGGGCUGUGGGGGGAGGGAACAUGGCGCUGGGUACCAGGGCAUCGCGGUGGCUGCUGUACCUGCCGGCCGGGAGUUGCCUCCUCCUGGUGCUGCUGCUGCUCUGUGUGCAGCUCGGGGGCGGACAGAAGAAGAAGGAGAAUCUGUUAGCGGAAAAGGUGGAACAGCUUAUGGAAUGGAGCUCAAGGCGCUCAGUCAUCCGCAUGAAUGGAGACAAAUUCAGAAGAUUUGUGAAGGCCCCACCUCGUAACUACUCUGUGAUUGUAAUGUUCACAGCUCUCCAGCCACAGAGACAAUGUUCUGUUUGCAGGCAAGCUAAUGAAGAAUAUCAAGUGCUGGCCAACUCAUGGCGCUACUCAUCUGCUUUUUCUAAUAAAUUAUUCUUCACUAUAGUGGAUUAUGAUGAAGGGGCAGAUGUUUUUCAACAGCUCAAUAUGAACUCUGCUCCGACAUUCAUGCAUUUUCCUCCGAAAGGUAAACCCAAGAGAGCUGACACCUUCGACCUGCAGAGAAUAGGAUUUGCAGCAGAGCAGCUAGCUAAAUGGAUAGCUGACAGAACGGAUGUUCAUAUUAGGGUAUUCAGGCCUCCGAACUAUUCAGGCACUAUUGCACUGGCUCUUUUAGUGUCACUUGUUGGUGGCUUGCUGUACUUGCGAAGAAAUAACUUGGAGUUCAUCUACAACAAGACUGGCUGGGCAAUGGCAGCUCUGUGCGUUGUGUUUGCUAUGACUUCUGGUCAAAUGUGGAAUCAUAUCCGGGGACCUCCAUAUGCUCAUAAGAAUCCUCAGAAUGGACAAGUGAGUUACAUACAUGGGAGCAGUCAGGCUCAAUUUGUUGCAGAAUCACAUAUUAUACUACUACUGAAUGCUGCUAUCACCAUGGGAAUGGUUCUUCUGAAUGAAGCUGCUACUUCCAAAGGGGAUGUUGGAAAAAGGAGAAUAAUAUGCCUCGUAGGACUGGGUUUGGUGGUUUUCUUCUUCAGCUUCCUGCUGUCGAUAUUCCGCUCCAAAUACCAUGGCUAUCCAUACAGACGCACUGACUCUUGCCAACUCUUGUAUGCUGUGCACACACUUGGGUCACUUGAGCUGUGGAGAAGCUUCUUAAUUAAAUGAAUUCAAGUGGGAUACACAUAAGGCUAAUGUUUACUAUGAAGAUAAGCAAUUACUGAUAUUAUCUGCUCACCUAUAUUACAUUUAUUCAAGAUUCCUGUGUUGGUUCAUCUGUGUAUUUUUUUUAUUUUAUUUUUUUGUGUGAUAAGUUACAGUAUACUUGUAGAGAAAAUAUUUUUUUUUAUACCUUACAUAAAGAAUGCUUCAUUUAAAUUAUAGGAACCUAUAUAUUAAAUGUUAAAUAUCUUAAUGGAAAAUGUGGCAAACUGUUGUGGAUACAGUAUAUUUAGUGGUGCAAAAUUUAAAGAACAUUAAUUAUAAUGUGUCUUGUGGUUGUAUUGCCACCUUGUUGACAGGUAUUAAAAAACCAAAAGGAUAUGACUGAAGUCUUUUUUGGUAAAGUGUUAUAAAGUUGUCUUGAGAUGUACUUUAGAAACCCCCCACCCCACCAACAAAAAACAAACAAAAAAAAACCCUGCUAUUGGAGAAACCAUACAUAAAGUUAAAACUGUUAUUUGAUCACAUAGAGCAUAUUAUAAUUUAUUAAUACCACUUGGACAAUAAAGAAAAUAAAUGUUGAACAAGUUUCUAAA